AUGUUGCCAAGUCGAUUCAACUUUAUGCCGAGAGUCUAUGUGGAAAACUCGGAGAGAAAGUUCCACACGACGUCAAUCAAGAAACAGACUAACAAUCCGACGUUUGAGGAGUCCUUCACAUUUCAACUGCCUAAACGGGAAUUGGCCAAUCAGAACAUUCGUCUGGAUGUCCUCUCUAUUGAGAAGACAAAACGAACCCUUCUAAUCGGCUUUAUUACCUUUCCACUGACCAUUCUUGCCCGGACCGAACCCGAAUGGCGGCCAAUCAGAGUCGCGAGAGACCUCCAGCUGGAUGACGGCUCCAAUUCCCCAGGGAGCGUUCUUCUCGUGGUCUCUCUCACCUACUUCCCGUCCGCCGAUCGGCUAACUGUUGGCCUUUUUGAAUGCCACAACUUGCCUCUCAAAGCCACUGGCCUGCCUAUAAGUGUCUACGCCAAGGUGAUGGUGUGUCAGGGCAUUCAGGGUAAGAUGCUCAAAACCAAGCGCACGGAGUUGUUAGAUCAACGCGAGAGCUUCAAUGAGUCUUUCACUUUCUCCAAACUCGGCGAUCCCUGCAAUAUCCACGUGCGCAUUAUUAUUACCCAACCAAGUUUCUUCGACAAACCAGUCGCUAUGUUAGUCUUGGGCAGCGAGAUGGUUGCCAAGGGAAGUGGAAUAAACCAUUGGAACGCUAUGAUAGAACGACCCGAGGCGACUGUCACGGAGUGUCACGAAAUGCAGUCUCUCUGA